UCUUCCCUUCUUCGGUAUGUAAAAAUAUUAAGUUUACCGUGCUCCCUAAAUAUUCUUGCUCAUGCUCAGAAGAGAUGGUAUCUCAACAAUGACGAAUCCGAACAGAAAAACAGCUUGUGCUAGAGGAGUGAUUCAAGAUGGAAGUAAUGAACUGAAACAUAAGUCAGUAUGAAUGACAUUAACCUGAGUCCAGUUGGGAUGGACCAGCUGAGCGUCUCCUCUGUUAGUGGCUCUAUACCUGUGACUGGGGGUCAACUGGGGCUGGCAACCUCACCCACCCACCACCCCAUUGCCACACCAGGUAUGCCAGUGGCGAUUCCUAAUUUUGGCCCCUCUCUGGGCUCUCUCCCCUCGGCCCUGUCCCUCAUGCUGCCUAUGGGACCUCUCGGGGACCGGGGGGUGAUGUGUGGGAUUCAAGAGAGGAACUACACUUUGCCGCCUCCCCCUUACCCUCACCUCGAGAGUAGCUACUACAGACACAUCCUGCCAGGCAUAUUGUCAUAUCUAGCAGACAGACCGCCACCUCAGUAUAUCCACCCCAGCUCCCUAAACAUGGAUGGGAACCCUGCUCUCUCUGUGCCAAGCAACUCCUCUGCCCUCGACCCAUACCAACCUGGAGGGGUGGUGGGAUUGGAGCCCAGCAUGGUGACUUUGGACUCCCGGCAGGUGGGUGCCCACAGUGCCCAAAGCCUUCACCCCAGCAGUGGACAUGAAGUGCCACUGGACACUGGCAUGGCCAUGGAACCGGUGUCUAGAGUGACCAGCCCCAUCUCCACGGACGGGAUGGGAGAAGACUUGACAAUGGAGGGGGUGGCAGGGGAGCACCAGCAACUACCAGCGAGCUCCAGUAACCAUGAGAACAUUGUCGUGGAUUCUGUGGGGAAUGGUUUGUCGGCGGAAGCGGUUGGCCACGGUGGUGUCAUUCCCAUUCACUCAGGGGCCCUGGAGCUACCUGUUGUCAUGGAAUCGGAGCACCUGGGCGGGAGGGUCACUAACUGCGGCCUGGGUGAAUCUCUCCACACGGUCGGGAUGAGCUCCAGCUCGGUCAGGGUGGUCCUCUCCAGCUCUCACCCCACCAUGAACCCCCUGGAGCCUGUGUCCAUUCAUGGGGCCAACAUCGGCCUGGAGUCUGUCUCUGCGUCGUCCAUUACAGCCGAGGUGUCUCUGGGAAAUGGGCAGGUGGACGUGUCUCCAGAGAAUCUGGUCCUUGUGCCUUCCUCUCUGCAGAUGGAGGAUUCCAAUUCCAACAAGGAAAAUAUGGCCACUUCCUUUACAGUAUGGUGCACACUGUGUGGCCAGGCCUACCCAUCGGACUGCCCUCAACAUGGACCGGUCACCUUUAUUCCAGAUACCCCUAUUGAGAGCCGUGCUCGACUCUCCCUGCCAGGGCAGCUCACCCUGAGGCAGUCUGGAACUGGAGCUGAACUCGGGGUAUUUUCCCGAGAGACCAUCCCGGUCAGGACCUGCUUUGGACCCCUCGUCGGGCAGCAGUGCAGCUCCUUGGACGUAUCUGAUUGGUCAGAUAAGGCCUCUCUUCAUAUCUGGAAGGUGAUUCAUAACAAUGUGCUGGAGUUGUGUGUUGUCACAACAGAUGAAAAUGAAUGUAACUGGAUGAUGUUCGUGCGCAAAGCAAGGACUGGCAGGGAGCAGAAUCUGGUAGCCUACCCCCACAAUGGUAAAAUAUAUUUCUGCACUUCAAGAGAGAUUCUUCCUGACCAUGAGCUCCUGUUCUACUACAGCAGGGACUACGCCAGGCACAUCGGUGUCCCUGAAAAUCCUGAAGCCCAAAUUUGCCAUCGUGGCAAGGAGUGUGCGUCCUACACAGAACUGAAGUCCAGCCUGAACAGCCACACUCACAGCCACAGCCCAAGCCAGGUGCACAGCAGCAAGCUGGUGAGCAGCCACUGGCCGAGCCACCCCAAAGAGAGGAAGUUCAAGUGCGCCAUGUGUUCCCGUGCGUUCACCUCGUCCACCAAGCUCAACGUGCACAUCAUGGGCCACGUGGGCAUGAAGCCACACAAGUGUGAGUUCUGCAGCAAAGCCUUCAGUGACCCCAGCAACCUCCGAACCCACCUGAAAAUCCAUACAGGCCAGAAGAAUUACAGAUGUGCAGCCUGUGAAAAGUCUUUCACGCAGAAGGCUCACUUGGCGUCGCAUAUGAUCAUCCACACAGGAGAGAAGAACCUGAAGUGUGAUCAUUGUGACAAGAUGUUCAUGAGGAGGCAGGAUCUCAAACAACACAUUCUGACUCACACACAGGAGCGUCAGAUCAAGUGCCCUAAAUGUGACAAACUGUUCUGGCGAGCAAACCAUUUGAAGAAACACCUGAAUUCCCAUGAAGGAAGGAGGGACUAUAUCUGUGAGAAAUGUACAAAAGCCUUCCUUACCAAAUACCACCUCAUGAGACACUUGAAAAUCUGUAAGGGGCCGAAGAGCGAGUCGGCACAAGACCUGGACGAGGAAGAGGACGACGAAGAGGAGGAGGAGGAAGAGGAUGAAGACGGUCUGAUUGAACCAGACAGAUUUAACCAGUAGCGUGUACGCCCCUGACCAGACACUGACUCCACACAAAUAACUGGUGGAACUGCAGUCCUCCACAUCUAGAUACAGAAAUACCUGCAACAACUACGUUUUGCAGAUCAGCCACUGCAGUUAGAAGUUGUCAACAACGAUCUGCAUCAUAGCUUUGCAUUGGUACUUUCAAAUAAACUACAUUUCGUUUUGUUAGUAAACAUUAAAAAUGUGUAACAAUAAAAUCACAGGUCAUUGUCACAUCAUGUAAAUCUCGUAUCCCAUGUGGAACUGAAGGCUAAAUGGAGUGAGUUGGCAUGAUGGUUACUUAUACCCAUAUGAAACACUGAAGACAUUGUUGAAGGCGCCGUCAUAAUGUUUGUUUGCCUUAAUGUUUUUUCGUAUUUGCUAAGGGUUUUUAUCUGCUACCCUGUGAUGCCAAGUAAAAGAAAUGGCUUUUCAUAAGGUGCCAGAUUUACAUAUGAAUGAUAUAUAUGAUUUAUUAUCCUUAACUAUGUUUAUUUUGCAGGAAUUAAGCCAGUUCCGAGAGAGAUGCAGUGCAGCCUGGUAAAUGUAUGUUCCACUUCUAGAAUAAUUUUUUACUUUGGUGACAUUACCUGUAGAAGGUAAAAUCUCAAGUGUUGAAUGUAUUAAUUUAUGCUGGAAGAGUUCAUCUUGAUUUUUGGAUUAUACUUGGUAAACAAAUGCAUAGGCGCCAACUACGGGGGGGGGGGGGGCUCGGGGUCCCCAGCCCCCGCCGGAUUUUUAAAAAGGGGGCUCAGCCCCCCCUCCCUGGGAUUUUGAGAGGAUGUUGAUGAAGUUGUUGAUGUGGGACACUAGGACUACACGGAAUGCAGGUUGUAGCUCACUUUUUGCAAUCACUAAUUAAGAAGCUAUAAAAAUGGAAACGCUAGCCCGUUGUAUUAAUUAGUGUUCAGAUGUUUACAAAAACAGCAAUACACGUACAUGUAUUGGACUUUAAAGGUUUACUUAAAAAUGAGUAUUUUUCUGAUAGCCCCUAUAACGUCACUCUACAAAGCACACCUGACAGCGGUACUGAAGCGUUAUUUACAAGUAUAAUAAAUGAAAGACUGAGUCAAACAAGUGAAGCACUGCAGUUUUAUUUGUAUGCACAUUCAUUGCUUUCACAUUUUUUUAAAACGUUAAAAAAAGGAAAAACUAUAAACUGAAUUCAGUACUGAAAACACGUUUCAAUACUAUUCUCAAAACAGCAGGCUGUAUUCCACAGUGCUGUUGGUCCUAGUUUUGCGCUUACAUUUGUGUGGAUAUUUCCCCCAAAACAACAACGAAGAUUAACAGUUUAUGACUUUUGAAAUUAAAUCAGCGAUAAUACAGAAUCACGUCUUUCUGAACAGCUUCUGUACAAGUUUAAAUUCCAAAUGAAGGUAACUCGGGUUCCACCUGUAAUUUGUAACUUGCAUUUCUUCUCAAUAAAUUAAUUUAAUAUUUCAACUCUAAUUUUAUCUCUUCAUACAACUAAAACGUUUUUAGUGAAUUAAAAAAAAAAAUGGUUCAAAAUUGAAGAUUAUAUAACAUGCCUAGGCAAUGAUCUGCAUACAGCUCCCAACAAUUAGGCACAAAACCCCGGACCAGGCACAUGCAGGUAAGAACUUGAACUUGAAGCAUAUGUGGAAGCGACUAAGUGUAAACCACGGUCAGCACAUACUAGCAUAGAAACAAAAAUCAUAUCCCUCUUCCCACAGUAUAUAAUGAAUAAAAGUUAAAUAUAUUCA